AUGCCGCUCAGUAAUAAUACUGUUAGUAGCAGGAUUGAUGAAAUGAGUUGUGAUGUAGAAGUACAACUUGUUGAAAAAUUAAAAUAUACAAAUUUUUCAAUACAGUUGGACGAAUCAACUGUAAGAGAUAGUGAAGCUCUGUUAAUGGCCUAUGUAAGAUAUGUUGAUAAUGGAGAAUUUAUUGAGGAUAUGCUAUUUUGCGAAGCAUUAGAAACCACCACUAUUGCAAUUGAUAUAUAUAAGAAAUUAAAAACAUAUUUAGAUGAUAAGCAGAUACCAAUGGAGAACAUUAUAUCUUGUGCUGCAGACGGUGCUCCAGUGAUGAUGGGCAAGAAAAAUGGAGUUUUAAAAUUAUUGAAAGACGACAAUCCCCAAAUGUU